UUCUUACUACAGAAGAUAUCCCCAAACAACACUAAGAUGGCCUGUACAACAGAAUAAUGAUUAUAUUAUCAUGAUGUUAAUGAUUUAUCAGGAAGCUGUAGAAUAUUGUUCUUUGUGUAUUGACCUUCAUCUUUAUCCUUCAUAGGGUAUUGCGAAUGUUUGGUGAUCAGUCCAUGCCUCAGUCUGUGGGAACUCUGGACAUUGCCAUAAGUCUGUGCUGGAGCCAGUGUCCACCACUGUGCCAGCUGUUUUGUCUAUCCUCUCUGAAGCACCCGAGACCCUGGAUCAGAGCCCCUGUGCCAGAGCAACUCUCCCAGAGCAGCCUAAGCCCUACACCUCUUACCCCAGACAGACCUGUGCCUCUGAAGGAGACUGGUGAGGAUGAAGUCAAGGCUAAGAGGAAGCAUGUGGUUUUCAUGGACUCAAAAGGGUUGUCCCUAACAUCAGUCAACAUCUUCUCUGAGAUGGAGGAUGUACCCACAGCCAUCACGCCCAGAGAGUCACGGGGACAUGACAGAGGGGGGUUCAAGGCUGUGUGCAUCCGAAUCACCUUUGACUCUUGGCACAGCCACCAAGACGUGCCCUGUGCUUUCCUGAAGGAGCGCUAUGGUGUACCUGACACAGAUAUCUUUGACAUCACCCUGCCCAAGCUCCGAGAUGAAAAUAUAGAAUUCUGUGUGUCUUAUCUACCUGAUAGGUACAGCACCCCAUUCUGGGACAAUAACAAUGGACAGAAUUACAGCAUCUUUGUCUCUGACAAGCCUGAGGCACCCUGGGGCAUAAUCUGGACAAUAGAAAGACUGCACUAGGCUACUCUGAACCUCACCGUAAUAUUUCUGUUUAGACCCUGAGGUGAACUUUAAUUUGUUAAAAUGUGAAAAAGACCUGGCUACUGCACUACAUCUUAUCAGCUUAUUAAAUAAACUAUUUCUGUUUGAAUUAUGGG